AUGAGUAAGUUUCAUUUCUUUCUCUACUUUUUCUUUUUUCCUUCUAUUGCUGCGAGUUGUUUAGAGCGUUUGACUCAUGGCUAUCGUUUAGACAGCUUCACUACAGAAAUUAUAUCUAAUAUUGGCGUCCACACUUGUAUGAAAGAAUGUCUUCUGAGAAAACCUCACUGUCAAUCCAUCAACUACAACACCCAACAUUUCCAGUGUGGAAUCAACUCUAGAGGGGCUGAUGACAUCAAGUUGGAGGGAGUUCCGGACUACAGCAGUAUCUUUGCUAACGUAGAGAAUGUUUCGCGGGAAACUUUAGGAAAUUGCAAAGACGCCAUGUGCUCCCCCCUGCACAGAUGUGUGACAAUGAAACAAAAUAGUGUUUGCAUUUCAACGGCCUGUAAAAAGGGAUUCUAUGGUAAAGAUGACCAGUGUCUGCCUUGUCACGUGGGUCAGUACAACGAUGGAUCCAAGCAAUGGUGUUCUUAUUGCCCUCCUGGAAGUUACAGUAAUAAAACGGGGUCAAGUUUGUGCCAGCCAUGUCCCCCUGGUACUUAUCAAACUAAAUCAGGCAGCCUCACCUGUUCUAAAUGCAGUGUGGGGUCGUACCAGGAUAACACAGGACGGACAGGGUGUAAACUCUGUCCGGUGGGGAUGUACCAAGCAAACACGGGGCAGGGCAGCUGUAUACCCUGUGACACUGGAACAUAUCAACAUAACAGUGGGAGCACUGUGUGUUAUCAGUGCAGGGUAGGAACUUACCAAUCAAACACAGGACAGGCUUCAUGUUUAUCUUGCGCUCCUGGCUCCUACCAAGAAGCAGUUGGAAUGUCAUCGUGCAAACCUUGUCAACCUGGGAGUCACCAAAGUUACUGGGAACAAACCCAGUGCACGGCCUGCACGGGGAAUCAAUACCAGGACCAACCAGGGCAAGCGGUCUGCAAGCAUUGCUCGGGACAUUACCAGUGUGUCAACACGGCCAAGACUCAAUGCAUAAGUUUGUCCUCAGUGCAAUAUUCCUAUUGCACAAGUGAGAAGUUUGUUGGAUAUAUGUGGUUUUAUCAGUGUAAACAACACUGUUUAAACAUGGGAUCCAGUUGUCAUGGGAUCGUUUAUCCGAGAAAUCACGAGACCUGGUGUUAUUGGUGCCCCAGUGCCCAACAGGACUACUACCAUAAUGGUGACUAUUGGGACUUAACCGUGUGUGUCUGAAAAUGUCUAGUGAUUUUCAGUCAGACGUACCAAAAAAGUAGACAAAUUUUAUUUGAAAUGAUAUUACCAUAUAGGUCUUAUGCCAUAGUAAUCGCGCGACUUGUCAUUUCGCCAAUGUUACGUUUACUGCAAUCGAUAACUGGUUUGUUGAUAAA